AUGGAGCAAACCAAAGCACUAAACGCUCUCGAGCCUUUCCUCGCCCUGUCAAAGUCGGCAAACUCUCCUCGCGCCGCCGCAGACCUCAUCACACGCGCAACAUCAGCUCCGAACACCUUCAUCUUCGCAGAACUCCUCCAGACACCCCAGAUCGCCACUCUGUCCAAAUCCCCCGAGUUCCUGCCCCACUACAAGCUACUCCAGAUCUUCUCACAUGGCACCUACCAAACGUAUAAAACCACCCAGGACCUGCCAACGUUAAGCGAUGCCCAGACGCUCAAGCUCCGCCAGCUGUCCCUCCUCUCCCUCGUUCGCGACCGAAACAACCUCUCCUAUGGCAGCCUCCAGGAGAACCUUGAUCUCGAGACAACCCGCGAGGUCGAGGACCUCGUCAUCACGGCCAUCUACGCCGGUCUCUUAAACGCUACACUCGACCCCGCCCGCCAGGCCGUCCAAGUCUCCAGCAUCGCCCCCGUGCGAGACCUCGCCCCUGGCGCCAUCUCCGAGAUGACCUCCAUCCUCAGCACCUGGUCCGGGCGGUGCUCCUCGACCCUCGCCGAGCUCAACGAGCAAAUCUCCAACAUCCGCGCCUCCGCCGCCCUCCGAGAGAAGGAGAAGAAGGCGGCCGACGAGAAGAUCAAGUCCCUCAUAACCGACGCCAAGGAGAACGACUCCAGGGCCGACCACCACCGCGAUGCGCUGAGAAGGACUUUUAACAAACGGGCCAUCACGGGCGGCGGAGGGCGAGGGGACGACAUGGACCUAGACGAGCCCUUUGAGAAUGAGCCCAAAGGCCGUUCGAGCAAGCGGAAGAUUUAG